AUGUCCUCCGUAUAUGUUCCCACUCCCUGCCCCAUUCUCUCUACUGAUAUGUCCUUUACGCUUGCCCACGCACCUGUUCCCGUCAUCUCCGCCCAGAUGGAGUUCACCCAUGACAUCCUAGAGGCCUGGAAGCGGGAGAACGAUGCUGGGGGCAAUCAAGGCAAGAUCCCAAAGCCUGUUGGCGAGCCUGGACACUGUCCUGAGACUGGUGGGUUCCCGUUGAAGGAGCGCCUUCUGAGGGUUGAGAUGUGGGAUGAGGAAACAUACAACGACGUCACGAGUGCCGUCCGUAAAGCAGCCCAGGUCGCUCUGAACCUUUCUGUCAGCUUCAAGUUUCAGGAGAAAGCUAAAGUCGAUAUUAUUUGUGCCAAGAUGGCCCACAAGUGGAGCUUUUUGAACGAAUACGAGGAUCACUGGCCUGCAAAGAGUAUGCUCAAGGCAUAUCUCAAGUAUACGUCGGAGUGUGCUUGA